CAACUCUUGUUUGCUUGUUUCAUAUAAAGGAUGUAUAUGGUAGGCCAUUUUGUCUUUUAGCAGUUCCGAUGGUCUACAUACUUAACAGUCAUUGUGUAUUAUAUUUAUCUUAGGUGGAGAGGGGUGUCCUUGUUAAUGAAGCCAAAAAUGCAUUGCUUGAUCAUUCAUGGUUCAGAUAUAUUCAUUUUGCAAAUAUAGUCUUGUUGCUUCUAUUGCUAAAUAAUCAUUAGAAGAAUUGGCUUCAGUCUUCAUUGUUUUUAUCAUAUUCAUGAUCCAUAUAUGUUCAGUUUUGGUACAAUGCUUAUAAUACGUUUGAAGCGCAUACCAUCUCCAGGAGUCCAAAAAUUGUACAAAAUUCAAAAGUUACUAUUUGAAACUCAUUAGUUGAAUUUGCAAAUGCCAAGGUGUGGCUUCAAGUAUCAUCCUGAGAAAUUAACCCUUAUAAUCUUUGACCAAUUUUUAAGAGGUCUAAUAAGAAGUUCAGUGCUAACCCUGUACUUAAAUACGUCAAGCAGUGUUUACCUUUUUUACAAACUUGCUUCUGUUGAAUGAUUUCCAGGUCAUCAUUGAUGAUGGGGCUCUUUGUUGCCUGUGUGAAAUGUUGACACGAAAUUCCGAUAUCAUUGCCACGGAGUCCACUUGUUAUAUCAUUUCAAAUAUCAUUGGACGGAGUAACGAUCAUAUUCAGGCUGUCAUUGAGGCUGGUAUUAUUUCUCCUCUUCUCCAAUUGCUUCAAGAUGCUGAUCUUUUUAAAGCUGCUAGUGAGGUUAUAUAUAACAUGAUGACUAAGGGAACUAAUGAGCAAAUCAAGUUCCUGGUACAUGAGGGUUGUAUAGAGCCAAUGUGCGACCUUCUAGUUAAUCCCAAUGAAGCGCAUGUCAUAAAAACCUGCUUGGAAGGCCUUGAGAACAUUUUGAAGGUUGGAGAAGCUGAGAAGAACCAAGGUAACGUUGAAGAUGUGAAUGUCUUUGCUCAGAUGAUUGUUGAUGCUGGGGGUCUACAGAAGAUUAAGAACCUUCAGACACAUGACAACAGUAAAAUACGUGAAAAGGCCAAGAAGAUACUUGAAACAUAUUGGUAGGGAAAGGAUGAUGAGUGAUGUAGGACAUAUUGGAAAAAAAUGUACUAGUAGAGGGAAAAUAUCAUAAUUUCAAAUUGGGUUCAUAAGACCAUUCCGAAAAGAGAACGAUGAGAGGAAGAAUACUCAUCGUUAUGCUGUGAUGUACGAUGAAUUUUGGCCAUUCGAGUUCGUUUAGAACUCAAAAAUGAAUUUUUAAAGUUUUGGCGCUA